AGUUCAGGCUGUAGAGGAUUCGUCCCUCAUAAUGAUCUGGAAGAGGAAGAUGAUGUCUGCACUUUUGAAGCCAUCGAUGAGCAUGAGCUUCGCUUCCGUUCCGUGAGUGUUCUUGCUCAGCGAUGGGAUGCUCGCAUGAAUGGCUUUAUCCGGAAAUUCCAAUUUUGUUUCACGGAUUUCAAGUUUGUAAGACUUGAUUUAGACAUCUUUCUCGGGUUCGUUGAUGUUUCAGAUCUUUAAAAAUUGAACUUUUGUUGGUGGUGUUACUUAGUGUUAACCAUCAAAUAUCAGUUUGAUUAAUUAAAAUCUGGGUCAUUAGAUAUAAUUUUCUCCGAGAAUGAAGUCAGUCACGAGUCAAAAACAACUUCAGACCAAAUUCCACGAUUUUAGAAGACAACCUCGAACUUCGAAACCCUUUUUGCGGUUAAAAAUAGAAUUUCAAGUGCGUAGCUCCACGACAAUGGAUUCGAGCUCUUCUCCUUCGAACACGAUCUCCGUGAAAGGUACAAUCCCUGUUGCUUCAACUUUCGUCUCUCCUUCGAUCAAUUUCCCGUCGCCUCCAGCCGAUGAUUCCUCUGGCGACCGGAAGCCCAUUGCUCUGUGGCCAGGAAUGUACCAUUCGCCGGUGACCACCGCCCUGUGGGAAGCCAAGUCGAAGAUCUUAGUGAGACAGCUUGACCCGCCGAAAGACGCGCCUCCGCAGAGCUCGUUGCUUACGAAAACUCCGUCGCAAAGCAGGACUUGUAUACUGUAUACCUUCUCGUCAGAUUUUGUUCUCAGAGAACAGUAUAGAGAUCCAUGGAAUGAGGUUCGAAUCGGGAAAUUGCUUGAAGAUCUUGACGCCCUAGCUGGAACUAUUUCCGUCAAGCACUGCUCUGAUGAUGAUAGCACAACAAGGCCACUUUUACUGGUCACUGCUUCUGUAGACAAGAUUGUGCUGAAGAAGCCAAUUAGUGUUGACAUUGAUCUCAAAAUAGUUGGUUCUGUUAUAUGGGUUGGACGGUCCUCAAUUGAGGUCCAACUUGUGGUCUCUCAGUCCAAAGAAGAGAGCUCUGAUGAUUCAGGCUCAGUAGCACUGACAGCUAACUUCAUAUUUGUUGCACGAGACUCAAAAACUGGAAAGGCGGCUCCAGUUAAUCGACUUUCACCUGAAACUGAACAUGAGAAGUUACUUUUAGAGCAACGUGAGGCAAGACAUAAUUUGAAAAAACGGAGAAGAGAGGGGGAGUGGAAAGAUUUGGAGAAUGGAGAUGUAAACAGACUCAAGGCUCUGUUGGCUGAGGGAAGAGUUUUCUGUGACAUGCCUGCUUUGGCUGAUCGUGACAGCAUUCUUCUGAGGGAUACCCGCCUCGAGAACUCUCUGAUAUGCCAGCCUCAGCAACGAAACAUCCAUGGCCGAAUCUUUGGAGGAUUUUUAAUGCAUCGAGCAUUUGAAUUAGCUUUCUCAACGGCAUAUGCUUUUGCUGGAUUGGUUCCUUGCUUUCUUGAAGUUGAUCAUGUUGAUUUCUUAAAACCUGUGGAUGUCGGAGAUUUCUUGCGUUUCAAGUCCUGUGUUCUUUAUACCGAACUACACAAUCCAGAUCAGCCACUGAUCAAUGUUGAAGUUGUUGCACAUGUUACGAGGCCUGAGCUGCAAUCUAGCGAAGUAUCAAAUACUUUCCAUUUCACUUUCACAGUACGUCCUGAAGCAAAGGCAAUGAAAAAUGGCUUGAAACUUAGAAAGGUAGUACCAGCAACAGAAGAAGAAGCUCGUUUGAUAUUAGAGCGCAUGGAUGCUGAUAAUUUGCAAUGACUCAGAGAAGGGUCAUUUAUACUUAGGUGGAAUAAGCAGGAAUUUGCAGGUAAAACUCCACAUGCUAAGAGGUAGGAGAAACUUCAUGCCUGUAGCUUUUUCAAAGAAAAUGGAGGUAAAGUUAUAACUAAGUUGUAAUUUAAGGUACUUAUUUUACCAUGGUCCAUGAUGUAUUUUGGAGCCCAAGUGUGGGUUAUUUUGUAACAUUUUCCACUCAAUACCAAUGGAGCUAAUUAAUGGCACAAAAUCUGUCAUUGGAUUGCGUAAUUGGGAACUUGUACUCUGAAAACUUGCAUAUGAAUCUUUAUUCUUUAGGUUGCCAAGACAAUGUUAUCUGCAUUGAUGAUCAUAGAUGAACAGACUGUCUUCCCA